GCAGCGAGGAGAGAGAGAGAGAGAGAAGAGGAGAGGUUGGUGGCAGAGGAGGAGGAGGAGGAGGAGGAGGAGAAGCUUCUAGAAGGGGAGCGGGGCGGCAUGGGGGACUCGAGCCGGUCGGUGUCCAUCGACGUGGAGCGGAUCUCCUUCGGCGGCAAGGAACACCGAGUGCGAACCAGAUAUGGCUCUGUAUCUGUUUCUGUAUUUGGAGAUGAAGACAAGCCGGCGCUCAUAACAUACCCGGAUGUAGCUCUAAAUUAUAUGUCUUGCUUUCAAGGAUUGUUCUUCUGCCCAGAGGCCGCGUCGCUGUUGCUUCACAAUUUUUGUAUUUACCACAUCACUCCUCAAGGUCAUGAGUUGGGAGCGGCUCCAAUUUCAUCCGAUGUGCCCGUGCCAUCUGUUGAUGAGCUUGUGGAUCAAGUCGCGGAUGUUCUUGAUUUCUUCGGAUUAGGAUCUGUGAUGUGUUUGGGUGUCACUGCCGGUGCCUACAUUCUCACCCUCUUUGCAACAAAAUACCGGGAUAGAGUGAUUGGCCUUAUGCUAGUUUCGCCGCUAUGCAAAGCCCCUUCUUGGAGCGAGUGGUUGUACAAUAAGGUAUUAUUAAACUUGCUUUACUAUUAUGGGAGUCGUGGGCUAGUCAAGGAAUGCUUGCUUCAGCGGUAUUUUAGCACGGAAGUUCGUGGGAAUGGACAAGACCCUGAAUCAGAGAUUGUGCAAGCCUGUAGAAGUUUACUUCAUGAGCGACAGGGAUCUAAUGUAUGGCGAUUCCUUCAGGCGAUAAACGAGAGACAUGACCUGACGGAAGCGUUGAAGAAGCUUCAGUGUCGGACACUGAUUUUUGUGGGAGAGAACUCACAGUUCCACGACGACGCAGUCCAUAUGACCACAAAGCUAGACCGGAGAUAUUGCGCCCUAGUCGAGGUUCAGGCAUGCGGGUCACUCGUCACCGAGGAGCAACCGCACGCGAUGUUGAUCCCCAUGGAGUACUUCCUCAUGGGAUAUGGGCUCUACAGACCUUCCCAGCUGGAUAGCAGCCCCCGGAGCACACUGAACCCAUUCUGUAUAUCGCCUGAACUUCUGUCACCGGAGAGCAUGGGAGUGAAGCUGAAGCCCAUCAAGACUCGGAUCUCGCUCAAAGUUUAGCAAUUGGCAAAUGAAUGAAUCCUUGAUGGCCUGACAAUACAAGCUCAUGAAGGUGGAACACUGCAUGGGCUAGUCUGAAUUCAGAUGGUCACUGCCAGCAAGUUUUGGUACCUCCAGUGAUGCAGCUAAUGGCAGUUUUUUUUUUCUUUUCAUUGUGGUUAACUGAUAUAAUCUGUAUCGAUGUGUUAUUAGGCAGAGGUGGGAGUGAGUUUGUAGGGGAGAAGGGUGGGUCUGUUUGUUCAUAUGUUUGUAGUCAGAAACACAUGUAUAUCUCAUCACAUCGUUCCAUACGAGAAAAAGAAGAGAGAAAAUGAUAGAAGCAGAAUUUUGUUGUGAAAAAGUUUCAUAAAGAAAUUAUUAUUUUUACAUCUGUUUAAA